AUGGCCAGCCAUCUUGAAAGCUUCCUCCUGCCACAUGGCCGCACAGCGCUGUGCAAGUCUGUACUACCGGCGCUUCUGAACUGUAUCGCAGACAUUGCAGAGUCGCUACACCAGUCACAACAUGUCUCCCUCGCCGGCAGCACAAACGUAUUUGGUGAUGGCCAAUUGAACGUCGAUAUUUCAGCCGAGAAUCUCCUUCGAGCAGCGCUUGCAGAAUGUCCCUCGGUACUGACUGCGAGCAGCGAAGAGGACCCUGUGGAGCGACCUGCUCGCGAGGGCCAAGCUGUGGAAGGAAUAUCCGCCACUUCCGAAAAAUACACAGUCGCGUUUGACCCUCUAGACGGGAGCUCGAUCAUUGCGCCGAACUGGACUGUGGGCACUAUUAUCGGCAUCUGGGAUGGCGAGUCGGCAAUCCACCAACGGCCCUCCGAGAAACAAAUUGCGGCCGUUCUAGGCGUCUACGGGCCGCGGACUACGGCCAUCGUUGCCCUGAGGGUCCCGGGCGGCGAACCCUGUUGUCUUGAGAUCGGGAUCGGGAAGUCGGGGGCACACGAGUUCCUUCGCUCGGAUAUGCGCUUUGCGGAUCCACCAUUUAAGACUCGCUAUUUUGCCCCGGCCAAUCUCCGCGCAGCAGCGGAGAGUGAGGCUUACAUGCGCCUGAUCACGCAGUACGUGGAGAACAACUAUACCUUGCGGUAUAGCGGUGGAUUGGUUCCGGAUUUGGUACACGCGCUGGUCAAGGGUCACGGCGUGUAUGUGUCUCCUGUGACUGGAGUGAGCGCAGCGAAGCUGCGCCGCUUGUAUGAACUGUUUCCCGUUGCUCUUGUGAUGGAAUGCGCUGGAGGAAGGGCUAUUGACCCGAUUGAUGGGGAGGAUAUUCUGACUCGGCCGCUGAAGGAUUGUGAUGAGACCGCGGGAUUAAUCUGCGGAACAGCUGAGGAGGUCGACAUUGCAAAAAAGGCACUGCUUGGUUCCCGUCCUUAA